AUGUCGUUGACAGCAGCAUCGGUUGACAGCGUGGGAAAAAUCACUUCCAUUGACCAACGUCUUCACCAGCUGGAUCAGCUGAUCCAGACAAUGGCCGGAAGUUCAGUUUCGCAGCCUCUAACAGAAGCUUCAGAAUCACCAGCUUCAAAUGUGCCCUCGCGAAGUUCUGACCAAGUGGUGUAUCAUAACGAUUUGGAUGGGAGAAGCCCGGCAUCCGCUCCGUCCCACACGAGUGAUGACUCUCUAGCCGCCCAACAAGCACACCGAUCCGCCCCUAAUGGAGGUAUCAAUAACGCGAAAAAUGGCGGAGAUGAUGGCCAGAAAACCGGCCAAAAUGCGAACUAUGUCGACUCUGAGGGCCAUUCAUCGCUAUCUGCCCAUUCAUCAUUUGCAGUUGAUUUUAUGAACAAGGUCGUCAGCUUAGACCAGGGAGGCAGUAUGAGCAGUGAUGCCCAUGGUCUUUUGGAGACUUUGAGCCAUAUGGUGGAAACUGUUCAAAAACAGCAUCGUUCCCCGGGUGAUUGCCUCCCCUCCAAGAGCGUGUUUACAGUUUCAUCACAACAAAAGGAUAAGAUGCCCCCUCUUGAGGUUGCCGUGGAGGUCAUCGGAAAAGCUAAAGCGCAAAACAGCUUACUGCACACAUUCUUUUGCGCACUCUUGCCUUCACCCAGCCUCAUAGAUUUGUGUAUGAAUGUCUACUUUUCUCCGGAACAUGACGAGGCGGACUUCCUAAUUGUCAACUUUAUGCUGUUCUAUCUUCUCAACGAAAGAAGCGAGUCAUGGCCAGGCAUUGGAGGCCAAGACGACGUGGCCACAGACUACACUUUGUUAUGCGCGAGGAAUAUUGAAUCUUCAGUGGCAGCGCUGCCCUUGUUCGUUCAACGAUCUCACAGGAUGGUGCUGGCACUCACAUUGACUUCCAUCUAUUCUAUGGAGAUAGCAAAGCCUUCUCUAGCUUGGACCUUGAUUGUCUGGGCGCAACAGACAUCUCAUCAGCUUGGGUUCCACCAAAGACGAACCGGCACUGAUGACGUACUAGGCGCCCCAAACCAUUUCGGCCUGUUGUUCUGGGUCAUUUACUUUUUCGAAAAGAUUCUAAGUCUUCGUCUCGGACGUAGUUCAACAAUACCAGACAUGGACAUCAGUAUCCCCUUCCCUGGCGGAGAAGGAGUGCUCCCAAGCCCAGCGAUGCGUUACUGCCAGCUACAAGUAAAAGUGGCUCGACUCGCCGGGCGAAUCUAUACAGAGCUGUAUUCUCAUCAAGCCCUCCUCUCCGACCAAGAAACGAAACGUCAAAAAGUGAACGGGCUCUCCCAAGAGGCCAAGAGCAUACAACAGGAAACAAUAACGAACAAUCGUCUUCUUCAAAAUCUGUCCAAGCACCAGAACAGAACGAAAGAUUUCUUGGAUUUCAUUUCUGCUUCAGAUGAGGUUCUCUACCUUUCGAUACUAACAUUAAUACAUCGCGCAUCCCCACCAACACAGGAAUCUGAGCAAUCCUUUACCGAAGAAUGUCUCUUACAUGCCCGAGCAGCAUUGUCACGUCACAAUGAAGUCGACAUCAACCAGGCACCACUUCUGUUGACUUACAUGAAUUGGACCUUGAUUUUCCUGCCUUUUAUUCCCUUUUUUGUCCUUUUCUGUCACGUAAUACAGAAAAGGGACAGGAAUGACUUGGCAUGCCUAAAAGCGUUUGUGGACUCGAUCAGCCCGGCAUCGGAGCACUCGAGGUUUGCAAGCCACCAUCGUCUUUUCGAAGCCUUUUAUAACGCCGCGGACGGCUACCUCAAGCCAAAGGAUCCUUUGGAGCCCCCGCAACAACAGGGCAGUGAACUUGAACAACAGAUAGAAACGUGUUUCUCCACCGUCGGAAUCCAAGCGAGUAACCACGCCGACCAAGAGCUGCAGAUCGCGGGCAUUAGUAGCCCGGGCCAGCUAUUCCCUGCGAGCUUACCGAAUGGGGGGGCACCUUUGCAGGGUGCGGGUGAUGGAUUUGUAGAUGGGUGGGCUGAUGGGUGGGCUCCCAAUCUUAACUGGUUUGCCAUGAAUCAACAGAUGAUGGACUGGAUCCCCCCAUCACAACAUUAA